AUGGCUUAUACAAGCGACAUUGACCAUGGGUACGCCUGGGUGGCACUGAUGGCCACCUUCAGCAUCCAGUUCAUAAUUGGAGUCACCAUAUGCUCGACAGGAGUAAUAAAUAUUGCAAUAAUGGAAGAAGUUGAAGACGAUAUUACGAAAACAUCAUGGAUUGGUUCAACUCUCGUCGGAACAUUCACUUUACUAGGUUCAACUCUCGUCGGAACAUACACUUUACUUGGUCCCAUUGCUGGAGUCGUUCAACAGAAGGUUGGUGCAAGGAUCACAGCUAUGGCAGGGGGUCUGCUGAUGCUUCUGGGAAUGUCUGUAGCCUCAUUCUGCCAAACUAUCAUUGGCCUGUUACUUACAUAUGGCCUUCUUGCAGGUGAAGCUACCUGGAUAUUCCAUCUGCCCAACUACGCGGAACACAAAGGACGCUCUCCAGCGGAGGCUGCAAGUCUCCUAACUGCUAUGGGAGCAGGGAGCAUGUUUUCACGGGUAUUUGCAGGAAUAGCAGCCUCAGACUCCAACAUAGAUGCCGUGGUGCUACAAGUGGGACUAUCGGGUUUGGCAGGAAUAAUAUCUUUCUUGUUUACUGUUGGCCAAUCUUCAUACGGUUCACUACUUGCCCGUAGCUACUUUUAUGGGACAUACAGUCAAGGCAUCAAUUCUCUCAUCGGACCAAUCAUCAUAAAUCUGCUUGGUUUGCCCCACGUUCCUGUUGCAUAUGGAAUCGUGUGUUUCUUCUGCGGGCUUGGUCAUUUGUUAGGACCUCCUAUAGCAAGCACCUUGUACAAAUGCAGUGGUAUAUACGAGUACACAUAUGUGUUUGCAGGUGGGAAGCAGUAUUAUCCUGAGAGAUGUCCACUAAAGAAACCUACCAAGAAUGUAAAGCAAGUGGACAAGGUAUUUCAUGAUGCCUGCAUGGAGGGGGACAUGUGCCAGGUGAAGAACAUUUUGUCCGAAGGAAAGGUAGACAUAAACGGUAGAGAGGGAAAGUACAAUAGGACACCAGUGAUGGAGGCAGCAUAUAAAGGACAUGUGGAUGUGGCUGACCUUCUUGUGAGUAAAAGAUGUGAUUUGUCACUAGCUGACACUAACAAUAACAAUAUUCUCCACCUGGCCUGUGACGGAGGAGAUAUUGCGACAGUGGAGUAUAUCCUAUCACAGGGCAUCGUGGACGUCAACAGUGAAGGAUACUGA